GUCAGGGAGAAGAAAUUCUUCUAUUUUAGUAUAUUAAUUCAGAAUUUAUUUUGAUAAAAAAUCUGUUACUUUAUUAACUACAAAAUGAGUGAGGAAAUUCAAAAAAAGUUGCAAAACGAAUUAGAUAACUUCAAAAAAACUCAAAAAGAAUUGCAAAAAACAAUCCAAACAAGACAGCAAUUAGAUGGCCAGUUAAACGAAAACGAUGUAGUAAAACAAGAAUUAGAUCGACUCCCAAGCGAUGGCAAAGUAUAUAAAUCUGUAGGACCAGUUUUAAUAAAAACUGAUUUGGUGGAAGCCAAGCAAAAUGUCAGCAAGAGAAUGGAUUACAUAAGUAAAGAAAUAAAACGAAUCGACGAAUUAAUUAGCGCCCUCGAUAAGAAGCACGAUACUCAAAGAGAAGCUCUGCAGAAAUUACAGCAUCAAUUUCAACAAGCUCAAGUUAAAGCUGCUCUCCAUGCUUAAUUCUAAUAUUGUAAUCAUGUUUAUUUAUCUCAAAUGGUUAUUCUGAACGCUUAAUAAAUUUUUUUUAUUAAUUCUCAUCCAGAA